AUGGCUCACAGAGGAGCUCGGGUGAUGUUGCAAUCCGGCGAUUUAGGCAGUAAUUCGGGGCGUGCAGGUGGGGGAAAGGCUCCUGGCGACGCGGGUGACCAAAUGGAGGCGGCGCCGCCGGCUAUUGGCCGCCGGAGCACGGCCGGCGGCGAUGUAACGCGGCGGCCGGGGCAGGUGCUGUGGCGCGGCGGCGCUAGAAGGCGAGGGGGAGCAGGGCGAGGGCACGGGGAGGACCGCCUGCUCACCGUGAGCACGGGAAGCUUGGCGGCGAGGUCGGAGGAGCUCGGAAUCGGCGGCGAGCGGUGGUUGCCGGAGACGGGAACGAGGCUCGAUUCCGGCGACUCGGGGCUCUCCGGCGGUAGCCGUGUGGUGGAGGAGGUGGACGGCGUCGAGGCGGAGCCAUUGGUGGUGGCGGCUGGGCGCGGGGAUGCCGGGAACGGCGGCGACGGUGAGCGGCCGGCGCGGCUAGGGUUUGGCCAUGUCUCACAGAGAGAGAGAGAGGAAGGAGGGCGCCAGGGGAAAAGUGAGGACGGGAGGAAGAGAAGGGAGGACGGGGCGUCCUCAUCCUCUCGCCAGGAUAAGCAGGAGGUGGCCGGCGAGCCACCUCGAGCUGCCAGGCAGGGAAGCAUUAAGGAAAUUUUAGGGUGUUUUGACACAGAAUUUUGA